CAGAAAUAUUCAGCGCUGCGUCCGGGAUCGCUCUCGCAGUGAACACCCCUGAAUCCUGAUCAAAGAACCUUCUGGAAGUCUCAGCACACGUUAUUUGGUCGGAAUGAGUGACGGAGAUAACAACCCAGCAGCCAUUCCUGUUCCUGUCACUGACGUUCAGGGCGAUGGACGAUGGAUGUCCCAGCACAACCGCUUUGUGGCUGACACAAAGGACAAGGAACCUGAUGUCUUGUUCGUGGGAGACUCGCUGGUCCAAUUACUCCACCAGUUUGAGAUCUGGCGCCAGUUAUUUUCCCCUCUUCACGCCCUGAAUUUUGGAAUUGGAGGAGAUGCAACACAACACGUCCUGUGGAGACUACAAAAUGGAGAACUGGAGAACAUCAGACCAAAGGUCAUCGUCCUUUGGGUGGGGACAAACAAUCAUGAACACACAGCAGAGCAGGUUGCUGGAGGAAUUGAGGCCAUCAUCCAUCUCCUGGAUCAGCAGCAGCCUCAGGCCAAAGUCAUCGUGUUGGGACUGUUACCCCGCGGGAAGGAACCCAAUCCACUGCGGGUGAAGAAUACCCUGGUCAACGAGCUGGUGAGGAACACGGUGGAAAGUCUCAGUAACACUUCAUUCCUGGACGUGGACCCAGGCUUGGUGAAUUCUGACGGCACCAUUAGCCACAAUGAUAUGUAUGACUAUCUGCACCUGACUCGCCAUGCCUACACCAGUGUCUGCAAGCUGAUCCAUGCCCGGGUACAGCAACUGCUGGGUGAAGCUGUCUCUGACUUGUGAUGCCUGGACUGAACUGUCCCCCUUGGCACAGCCACAUGGAGACCUCACCGCAGUGAAGGACCCACUGGAGGGCAGGCCCUGUGGGGAGAGCGGGUGCAAGUUAAGAUGACCAAACUCAAACAAUAAACCUUCCUCUGAUCCCUCCCACACCCAGCCCCCUCCCUCCUCACCUCCCCCCGC